AUGACGAAGCCAAAGGUGUUGAUGUUGGUGGCGGAUGGAAGCGAGGAGAUUGAGUUUGUCACGACUUAUGAUGUGCUCACGCGAGCGGGCUUCGAAGUCAAAUCGGCGGGCGUGGAUCUGAAGCAUGAGUUUGCGCACAUGUCCCGCAACAUCCGCCUCCUCCCCGACUCGCCCACCCUCCUCGCCCUCCCCCACCAAUCCGCCCACCAGACGUACGACAUGCUCGUCCUCCCGGGGGGCAUGCCGGGCGCCAAGACGUUCGCCCACAACGACGCCGUCCUGGCCAUGAUAGCCAAUUUCCGCACCGAGGGCAAGUACGUGGCGGCCAUUUGCGCGGCGACGAUUGCGCUGGUCGAGAGCGAGAGGAGGUAUGGCGGGGAAGGGAGGAAGGGGAAGCUGAGGGUUACGAGUCAUCCGAGUGUGAGGGGGAAGGUGGAGAAGGAGGAGGGGGCGUGGGAGUAUAGUGAGGAGAGGGUUGUCGUGGAUGCGGGGGUGGUGACUAGUAGGGGACCUGGGACCGCGCUCCUCUUCGCCUUGACGAUCGUCGAGUUGUUGGCCGGGAAGGAGAAGAGGGAUGAAGUUGCGGGGCCGAUGAUUGUUGCUGAGACGCUAUGA